GAUCAUAUUUAUAAGCCCCUGAACAUCGACACAAGGUUAGUAUAAAAGUGUUAGCAAUUAAUAACGCUUUAUUUCGCUGUGUCCGAUCAUAAGGUAGAAAUUUGUCGCUGGAAAUUUCAUGAUUCAAAAUUCCAAACGCAAGUAAAUUCGCAAACAUGUUUCGCAUUUUUAUGCUAGUUGCAACAAUCUUUGUGAUGAUCAAUGCGCAAUUGAAGAGGAUUUUAUUACACAAGAUGGAUUCUAUUCGAUACAUUUUGAACAACGGUGGCACCUGUAACUUUCCAGUAAUUUCUAUAAACGAUCCUAGAGUGUCUUCAUACAAAUAUUUAGAUGCUCAGUAUUAUGGUCUUAUUACUAUCGGAACUCCGCCGCAGGAAUUUAAAGUAAUAUUUGAUACUGAUUCCUCAAAUCUUUGGAUAACAUCCGAAAAAUGCGUCUAUUACAACAUUGGUUGCUUAUUCCAUAGCAAAUAUGAUAGUAAAAAAUCCAGUACAUAUAUACAAAAUGAUACUGCGAUUGAGAUUUCAUGUAGCAGGGACUCUAUAGCUGGAAUUUUAUCUACUGAUGUAGUGAGUAUUGCCGGUCUCAAUGUUCAAAAUCAAAAAUUUGCGGAAGCAAUGCAGGUUCGAAGCGUUGCGUUCAUGUAUGGAAAAUUUAAUGGUAUAUUGGGCAUGGGUUUUAACAUGUCAUACGUCAACAAAGUAAUACCUGUGCUCUACAAUAUAGUGAAACAAGAUCUGGUAUCAUCAGCCGUUUUCAGCUUUUACUUUAAUAAAAAUUUUUCGGCCAAGGUCGGUGGUGAAUUAAUAUUGGGUGGUACCGAUCCCGAUUAUUACGAAGGCGAGUUGACAUAUGUUCCUGUUAAUGAGAAGGGAUACUGGCAAUUUACUAUAGAUAAGAUCACAAUAUAUAAUCAUAUUUUCUACGUGGAUGGCCGUGAAGAAAUAAAAAAUCAUACCUUGUGCGCGCAUGGCUGUGAAGCUAUCGCUAAUACAGGUACUUCAUUAAUAUAUGGACCAUUUAGGGACGUCUCAAUUAUUAAUGAGCUUAUUGCAACUAUUUAUUGGAACAAUUAUGGAGAGCAUAGAAUAUAUUGCUUCAAGAAAGACGCUGCUAAUAUGCCAGUAAUCAGUUUUAUUAUAGGUGGUAAAAUGUUCAAUCUUACAAGUCAGGAUUACAUCCAACCGGUGUCAAGAAAUGAUUACACGAUUUGUAAAAGCAGUUUUGAAUCGCAAGGCACUACAUCUUGGACUCUAGGCGAUAUAUUUCUUAGACGUUAUUAUAGUGUGUUUGAUUUAGAAAAAAGCCGAGUGGGAUUUGCCCCAGCGAAAUAAAUGUCGAUUGCUAUUUUUUUAAAUAAUAUAAUAAAUAUCAUCGUAUUUAAAUAAUAACUUCGCGAUUAAUUUAGUAACUUUUUUAUAGUUUUUUAAAGUUUAUUGACUAGUAAUUUUUUAUUUAUAGUUUUGUGAUACAUUGUUAUAAACGGAUUUAUUUAAUUUGGAGAAUUGAAAUGAGGAUAUAUAUGGAAAAUAUUU